AUGUUAAUUAAUCGCUGUUAUUAUCCUGAAACUCGUAAAGCAAUCGAUCAUUACAGUUACGCUCUGAAUGAAGAAAUAGGAAGAGGGUUUAGUAGCAAAGUUUAUAGAGGAAGAGAUGAAAACAAUUAAAUGACUGUGGCUGUUAAAGUAAUUGACAUGAAGAUGGUUAAACAGAGUAUUCAUGCCACUUUACUAAAGAAUGAAAUAAAUGCUUUGAAAUCAUUUAACUCAAAGAACAUACUAAAAUUGUAUGAUGUUUUCUAAACACAGAAUAAUACAUACAUCAUAACAGAGUAUUGCGAUUCUGGAGAUCUGAGUGGUGUGAUAAAAAAGAGAGGAAGAAUAGACGAGACUGAAGCAUUGCGAAUCAUGAAUGAAAUAAUCACAGGACUACUGGAGAUUAAUCAAAAAGGUUACAUCCAUAGAGACAUUAAGCCAGCAAACAUUCUCAUAGAGAAGCAGACUCCAAAAAUAGCAGAUUUUGGUUUUGCUGUCCAAAAUAAACAGCAUGGAAGUCAAACAACAAGGCAGACAUUACAAUCCUUGAGACAAUAGGGCCACACCGAAAAAGGAGAUGUAUGGGCCAUGGGUGUAAUGUUCUUUGAAAUGCUAUUCGGACAAACGCCAUUUACAGCCCAGACUGAAUAGGGAUUGCUAACAGCUAUUUUGCAUCACCAUCUAGUCAUUCCUUCACAUCCCUCAAUAUCAGAUGCUUCCAAAGAUUUCAUCCGUAGAUGUCUUUGCAUCGAUGAGAAUCAGAGAAUGAGAGUCAAGGAUAUGGCCACUCACGCAAUCUAUUCACAAUACUCCCAACCAAUUUAUAAACCCAUACCCUUAUAAACCCAACAAUCAUCCAACGUUCCCACACCUGCAACCAGAACUCCUAUUAUCAACAAGGACAGAUCUCAAAGUCAGGGAAUUAGAGACUUCUAAUCUAGACCCAAGUGCCAAACUCAAAUUCAUAAUGAUAGCAAAGUAAGUAAGAGAUGUCCUUCCGAAAUGUAUCAUCUCCCUCAUCCACCUACCACUGUUAUUGAACCUCCUAUUUCUGAUCCCAUGAGAUCCAAAAGUCAAAAGCAAAUCACAGAAUCAAGAAAAACCAUUACUCAAGAAAAUUAGUUAGAAAAAAGGAGUUUUAAAAAAAAUAAUACUGUACUUUAAGAACGAUCUAUUAAUGUAUAAACUCAGCCAUCCUAAAAUACUACUCCGGUUUAGUCACCCAUAAAGUUCAAGUCAAAUAAUGACAUCCUAUUUGCCUAAAUUAACUAUUGUAGAUUUCUGUACAAAUUCUCAUAGCAAAUCAUUAAUUCAAGGUCAUUGACUCUAUCCAAUGGCUUAAAAGAGAAGUUGUUAUUCUUGAUGGCUAAGAACAUUGCCAUGAAGAUUUCUAAACUUCACACAAUCAUCGAUAAAGAGAAUUCUAAAGAUAACACUUUCUAACUAGAAGAUUUCGAUGUGUACAGAAAGGCUGAAUCAUUCCAGAAGUUUAGUUAAGCUAUUGCAGAAUAUAACGAAAACUAUAAGAGAUACUUUGAGAAGACUUACUAAAUGAUAGUUAAUAAAAAUCUCCCUCAAGAUAAGAAAUUUGAGGCCCUGUUUGAUAAAGACUUAAGUGAAUUUGAAAGUUUCUAUUUCAUCACUCAAUCCUACUUAAGGCAAGCCUUGCAAGAAAUGAAAAGUGAAUUGCCAACCUCUAGUUCUGAUUUAGAUGCUUUCUUGCCUGAAGAAUAUAAUUUUAGUUAUUUUGUGGGUCAGCAAUUGUGCAAUUAUUUGCUUAUCUGUCAUUGUACUCUCUAAAAUAUGAAUGAUUAUAAGAAAUUCUCAAAGAUGCUAAAAAUUGAUUAGAUGGUUGAUUAGAAACAAAAUAGAUGCACAUACAGACAAGUUGAAGAACUGAGGAGUAAAAUGUAAGAGUUGGUUUCUAAGUGA